AUGCUCAUAAAGGAAUACAGGAUCCCGUUGCCGCUGACUGUCAGCGAGUAUAAGAUCGCUCAGCUGUACAUGAUAGCGAAAAAAAGUCGAGAUGAAUCCAAAGGUGCUGGCAGCGGGGUGGAAAUCAUGGUGAAUGAGCCUUAUACGGAUGGACCUGGGCCAAAUGGAACUGGUCAAUACACCAGGAAAAUAUAUCACAUCGGAUCCCAUUUACCAGGCUGGCUGAAGAGCUUAAUGCCCAAAUCAGCCCUGAUUGUGGAAGAAGAAGCUUGGAAUGCUUAUCCGUAUACGAAAACCAAGUACAAAUGCCCGUUUGUGGAGCGUUUUACGCUCGAAAUAGAGACUUAUUAUUUCAACGACGAUGGGAGCCAGGAAAAUGUGUUCAAUUUGUCAAGAUCCGAGCUUCGGGAACGAGCAGUUGAUGUAAUAGAUAUUGUGAAAGACGAAACGGCGGAUUGUGUCCCUGAAGAAGAUCCGCGGUGUUUUCGCUCUGAAAAGACCGGAAGAGGUCCCUUGGAAGACAAUUGGAUUCAAGAAUAUUGGCGAGAAUGUAAAGGAUCCGAUGUGCCUUUGAGCAGCGGGAAGGCAUUAAUGUGUGCUUAUAAGCUGUGCAAAGUUGAAUUCAAAUACUGGGGGAUGCAAACCAAAAUUGAACACUUCAUCGACGAUGUU